AACACUGGAAACGAUAUAACGCACGCGAGUUAACCAUACGGCGCAAUCUGUCAGAAACACAAAUCUAAGGAAGGCACACUUACACGGAGGCACUUUUUAGUUUAUAUUAACUGAGAAGCCGGACAAGCCAUAAGAGAAUCAAGAUGAAAUUGAAAUUAGUGGUGCCAAUUUGUUUGGCGGUGUUGUUGGCGGUCCAGGGAAAAGAUGAGGACGACAAGAAGAAAGAUAGUGUAGGAACAGUAAUUGAUCUGGGAACUACUUACUCCUGUGUCGGAGUGUUUAAAAAUGGACGUGUAGAAAUCAUUGCCAACGACCAGGGAAACCGUAUCACACCCUCUUGUGUAGCAUUUACCAGUGAAGGCGAGCGUCUGAUUGGAGAUGCAGCAAAGAAUCAGCUGACCAGCAAUCCUGAAAACACCAUCUUUGAUGUCAAACGUAUGAUUGGUCGUACUUGGGAUGACAAAUCUGUGCAGAGUGACAUCAAAUUUUACCCUUUCAGUGUUGUCAACAAGGCUAAUAAACCCCAUGUUGACACUGAGAUUGCAGAGAUUUUGCGUGUUGGAGGAUCAACCAGAAUUCCCAAAGUCCAACCACUUGUCAAGGACUACUUUGAUAGAAAGGAAUGUAUGAAAUAUCUAUUGCUACUGCUAACACAUCAACUAUUAUAUUUGGUUACGCUAGAAAAAUGCACUUUGGAGCCAACCCGAGGUGUCAACCCAGAUGAGGCUGUUGCUUAUGGUGCUGCUGUUCAGGCUGGUGUUCUCGGUGGAGAGGAGGAUACAGGAGAUCUGUUGUUGCUCGAUGUCAAUCCCCUUACCAUGGGAAUUGAAACAGUCGGAGGAGUCAUGACCAUGUUGAUCCCACGUAACACUGUCAUCCCGACAAAGAAAUCCCAGAUCUUCUCCACAGCUGCCGACAACCAGCCAACUGUCACCAUUCAGGUAUUUGAAGGUGAGCGACCCAUGACCAAGGACAACCAUUUGCUUGGAAAAUUUGAGUUGACCGGAAUCCCACCAGCACCCCGUGGUGUUCCCCAGAUUGAGGUCACGUUCGAGAUUGACGUCAAUGGUAUCCUGAAGGUUACUGCUGAAGACAAGGGCACUGGCAGCAAGAACCAGAUUACAAUUCAGAACGACAACGAACGUUUGUCACCCGAAGACAUUGAACGUAUGAUCAAUGAUGCAGAUAUAUUUGCUGAUGAAGACGAGAAAGUUAAGGAGAAGGUUGAUGCCAAGAAUGAGCUAGAAAGUUAUGCUUAUUCAUUGAAAACACAAAUUGGAGACAAAGAAAAAUUGGGUGGCAAAUUAAGUGAUGAAGAUAAAACAAGCAUUGAAGAAGCUGUUGAAGAAAAAAUUAAGUGGUUAGACAGUAAUGCUGAUUCAGAUACUGAAGAGUUUAAAGCACAAAAGAAAGAACUAGAGGAAGUUGUUACACCUAUUAUGAGUAAACUUUAUCAGGGAGCGGGAGGUGCUCCACCACCAGAGGGAGAAGAGGGAGAGGAUCAUGACGAAUUAUAAAAAUUGUGGAACCUAGAUUUAAAUUAUUUUGUUCAUUUAAGUUGGUUGUUUCUAACGGGUAUCAUUCUAUUAAAUUUUAGAUCCGUUUCUUGGAAUUUGAAACAAUAUUCACUAAUUCACAUUCAAAUGUUUGGUUUAGGACUAUGAGCAAAGGGAAGAAAUUUCACCACUUUUCUGUCUUUAUUUCAAGUUGGAAUAACAAUUACAAAUGUCUCUUUUUUCUUUUCUUUUUUUUUUCAUUAAAGUGCAAGUUUCUCAAUCAUUUGACAUUCAUCCAUUUUUAAUGUAAAUCCAUGUCAUUCUAUGUAAAAGAGCAAAGUACCUGGGAUAUGUAUGGAUGCAUGUGAAGUGCUUUUAU